AUGUCAUACGACAACAAGUAUACAAGAAUGGGAAGUUACCGGAAAUGGUUCAAAACAAUUCGACGAAAGCUAGGCAGAUCAUCUAACAGAGACAUCAUUGUCGUCUACACCAACACCAGCCCAAGCACUCAUGAAGAAUCAGCCAGGUACCAAGAUCUCAACGGCUCUGCUUCAUCUUCAUCACACACAAAGAAAUUUUUAUCCCACGAAGAAAUUGCAGCCAUCAAGCUCCAAGCGUUUUUCAGGGGGCAUCUUGUUUGUGAUGAUUUAAACAAUUUGACAGGCCAGGCAAGCAUUUCGAGCACUGAGGAGCCUGGUGAAGCUGCAAGCCUUGGUUCGUGGGGCGUGUGUGCGGAAACAAGCACGUAUGGCUCUCCAUUGCAUGCAUGCGCUUGUCCGGUUGCAGGUCAAGUUCCGUGCACGGCAGCUCCUCAGCGAGUCUAG